UUCUUUUCUCAAUCAAACUUGGAUUAUUGACAUCAAUAGAUAUAUCCAUGUUUGUAAGUUAGCACUUAUCUCACCAUUUAUGAUCUUAUAAUUCCAUGGUGCCAUGAGGUAGUCAAUUACUUCUAGUAUGCCAAGUAGUCAUUUGAUUAUGCUCUCAUGGAUCAUGAAGCUUAGAUCUGAAACUUAGAAAUCUGCAGAGAUGCAGUAAUGCCUUGGCAUAUACUCCCUCCGUUCCUAAAUAUUUGUCUUUCUAGAGAUUUCAACAAGUGACUACAUACGGAGCAAAAUGAGUGAAUCUACUCUAAAAUAUGUCUAUAUACAUUCGUAUGUGAUAGUCCAUUUGAAAUCUCUACAAAGACAAAUAUUUAGGAAUGGAGGGAGUAUAUCUAUAAAUUGGAUGCUUUGGCCAUCGUGUUGCUGCAGAUUUUGUAACAACACACCACAAAAUCUGUGGGGGUUUAUGUAUAUGCCAGUCAAAUUGUUUGGCACUUCCUUUUGAGCCUGUGUAGAGUAACCAGAUAUGUGUUGAAGCCUCAAAGUUGUACUGAUUAGUCAGAGUUGAUGUGCACAUAUACCUUUACUUGUAUGAACAAUUAAAGUUGUGAUUGGCUUGACCGCACAUAACACGAAGUUUGCACCGACGAUGAUCUCUGAGAAAGAUGGGCACCUUAUACCCUUAAUUUUUCUAUUAUCUUAGAAAAUCUAUGGUCUUAUAACUGUUUUUGCUGGAUUUUUUUCGAUAUUAUAACUUUGGGCAAGCUCGGUGAUAUAUUGUUAAAUGAUGGUAUGUGAGAAAGAUAUUGAUCCAAUGGUUUGCGUUCUAUUAUGUACCUUACAUGGCCAGAGAAAACCAGAGUAGCAAGGAAUACUGAGUGAGCCUACAUCUAUAUUACUUGAUUUUAUUGCUAAUUAUCUCUAUGGUUUCUCCUUAAAAGGUUCAUAGCAUCAUGUGCUGUGUUUAUUUGUUUGCUUGCAGCCCUGAAAGAGUUUACUAAUUUGGUCAAGUAUGCAGAUCGUGGCAGGGAUAUAGGACUAUAGAUUAAGCAUGAGUAAGUUUAUUACAAACUAUGGCAUUUUCAAUAUUUUAACUAGGUAUAUUUUGGCCUCUCCUAGUAUAUUAUUUACUCUUUUGACAUAUCAGCAUAAUUCCUAAGCUUCCACUUAAAUAAUUAUGUUCAUGCACUAUUUUUUUCCCUUUAAGAUUCAUGUGCAACAAAGUAGUAGAUGUAAUUAUGUAUUCAUGUAACUGAGAUACAGUUCGAAUUGUAGUUAAGGACUCAGGACUUGUGGGUCGUAUGUGUCAUGUAUGCUGCGCUUUCAUUUUGCCAAACAUCAGAAGCAGAGUAAAACAUGUCAUGCUUAGUGCAAUAUUUUGGCAUCUGAUCUCACCUAUACCCUCUAAAAAAGUCUUGUUCGCAAACUUAAAAAGUUUCUCAAAAAUUGAACACAAGUACAUAUUUGAGUAUUAAGUUCACUUUUCAAAUUAAUUCUGUGCAAAAAAGCUACUAUGUUAGCCUUCAUCAUUUUAUUAUUUUUGCAUUGCACAAAGAUCUGCAAAUGCAAAUAGUACUCAAAAUGUCAUGUUUGAUUUUCUUAUUGCGUUUCUAAAAUAUCAAUUUGUUUUUGAUGUAAUUCUCUUGUACAAGGAAAUGGAACAAGGAGGUCAGAUCACACCUAGAUGAUUAGGAAAGCAACUGCUUUUUUGUUCUUUCUGGUUGGAGACAGUUCGGUGAUUCCAAGGAGACAAGCUUAGCAGAGCAACAUUACACCUACCAUGAUUGCCUUCCAUUCAUUCCAGGAAGAGCUUUGCCAUUACCAUUGCCAUUGCCAUCACCAUGGCUGCCACCCCCGUCUUCCCGGUGUUCCCAGACCUUCCCUUGAUGUCCCAUGAUGACAGCAACUGCUUCGCCGUGCAGGAUCACCUGACACUCCCCUAUAUCGCACAAAUCCUCAUGGAGGAGGAGGAUGACGUUGAUGAAGACAACCCUGCACUCCUCAAAGCCCAGCGACCCUUUGCCCAAAUCCUCUCUUCCAGCAUGCAUGCCUCCACCUUAAUGGCGGACCAAGGCGGCGCUUUGGCCAUCGACGUGCACUCUCCCAGUUCACCCAUCUUCAAGUUCAAGGGUGUUGAUGAGGUCCGCAGCUUGCUGUUGCUCCCCGAUGGGGACUACAGCACUCACAUGUUUAGUACUGCCUUCCUCAGGGGCAUGGAAGAGGCCAACAAGUUCUUGCCCACAAACUGUGAGCUGACGACCACUGGUGGGCAUGAUGAACCCAAGGAGAAAAGUGGCAGGGGCCGCAAGGACAGGCAUGGUGAUGUGGAGGUUGAUGUCAGUAGGACUAGCAGAUUGGUGGAAGCUGGUGCCGGCGAGGUGUUCGACCAAACGCUCAUUGCCAUGGGCAAUGAGACUGGGAACAGCAACAAGAAGGGGAGAAAGAGCAAGGCACGGGUGGUUGACCUGCACACACUGCUGAUCCACUGCGCCAAGGCGGUGAUGGAUGACCGCCGUAGUGCAGGUGAGUUACUCAAGGAGAUCAAGCAGCAUGCAUCACCAACUGGGGACGCCACACAGCGGCUUGCCUACUGGUUUGCUGAGGGGCUGGAGGCACGGCUGACCGGCACAGGGAGACAGGUGUAUGGGUUGCUCACGGCUGAGUGCACCUCUACUGUGAGGCAUAUGCAGGCCUACCAGCUGUUCAUGUCCACCUGCUGUUUCAGGAAGGUAGCCUUCUUGUUUGCCAACAAGGCCAUUUUCAAUGCAGCAGUUGGGAGAAGCAGGUUGCAUAUCGUGGAUUAUGGCCUCCAUUGUGGGUUCCAGUGGCCUGAGCUGCUGCGCUGGUUGGCUUCAAGGGAUGGUGGCCCACCGGAGGUCAGGAUCACCCACAUUGAACUCCCAUUGCCUGGGGUCUACCCAGAAAAACAUAUGGAGCAGAUAGGUAAUCAGCUGACUGACAUUGCACAAGAGCUUGGUGUGCCGUUCAAGUACCGUGCUAUCAUGGCACAGUGGCAGACCAUUUGCAUUGAGGACCUGGACAUGGAACCUGACGAGGCGCUUGCUGUGAAUGACCAGUUCAAUUUCAGGACCUUAAUGGAUGAGAGUGUCGUCAUAGCCAGCCCGAACCCCAGGGAUGUCGUCCUCGGCAACAUCAGCAAGAUGAAGCCAGACGUGUUUGUCCAAAGCACCGUGAAUGGCUCCUAUGGCACCUUCUUCUUGUCACGGUUCCGAGAGGCCCUUUUCUACCACUCUGCGCUAUUUGACAUGCUUGAUGCAACCAUGCCACGGGAGAGCAAACUGCGGCUGGCGCUGGAGCGUGACGUCUUUGGGUGGAUGGUCCUGAAUGCCGUCGCAUAUGAGGGAGAGGACCGAGUGGAGCGCGGUGAGACCUAUAAGCAUUGGCAGAUCAGAAACCAACGAGCAGGCCUGAGGCAGCUGCCACUGAACAGAGAGACUGUUAAGAUGGCUAGGGACAUGGUCAUGGGUGACUACCACAAGGAUUUUGCCAUAGAUGAGGAUCACCAAUGGCUGCUACAGGGAUGGAAGGGUCGUAUUCUCUACGCCCACUCAACAUGGGUGGCAGAGGGAGCUAGCUCCCAUUGUUAGCUAUUUUUCUCCUUUCUGCACAGGAACAACAGCUGCUAUGGGCAGUUAAUACUAUACUGUUUGUGAUGAGGUUUAUAUUCUAAACUUUGAAGAUGCAUUUUUUUUAUGGGAUGGCAAAAGGCAUUUGGGAUGAUGUGGCAUUUUCUUUGCUUUUUUUGUACUCAACUGUAUAAGAAGAUAAAUAUAUUUCUAUGUUUUUUAAGAUAAAAUAUAUAUCUAUGGCUGCGUGUUAUCUGGGAUGAUGGUUGUAUUCAUGAUCCAGUAAAUACAAACUGGUGGCAUGUUUGUUUUAAUGGCUAAUUUAGCUGGUGACUACAGUGACCCAUUGUCCAGAAUUUGAUGUUGAGCCCUGGAUAUUCAUGGAAACUGUCUGAUCUCUUUGUCGUAGUCUGGUGGAUUCAUGCAAUACUGGGAAGGAAGAUGAAAUUCAAGAUUGGUAGUAAAAAAGCUUGUAGGUAAGCACGAUGUGAUGUCAUCCUCUUGUGUUUGUAAAUUGGAUGUUUUGUUGACCAUGUAUUACAACUUCGGUUAUAGAUGAUGAGGACCACCAUGGUAACCAGUUUGUUGCUUGUGAAGCUACCAUGCUCUUCUACAAUUGGCUGGUAAAUAGUUUAUCGAGAUGGCAUAUUUUAUUUGUUAUCAAAAGUCGACAAACUUGAGAUGUUUUCAAGGGAUAUGUGAGCCAAGAUCAUUCAAUAUAUGGGCCACUGGUUGAAGGAAUCAAGGGAUGCCUCCAGGACUUUGAGGACCAUGCGCUGCUGGCGGUCCGACGUACGGCUAAUGAGGUAGCACAUGCAUUAGCAAAGGAGAGCUGCAAUAAUUACUUGGCUUCAUGUUCCACUGGAGUGUAUUAUGAACUUGCUAGAC